AUGCUACAGAACGAUCCUGAAGCUAAGGAAAUUCUCUGUUGCCUUGCCCGUAUUAUUGAGUUUUUUAGCAACCAUGCUAGAAAUGGCUGGAGCAAAGCUGAUGCUUGUACAUUUCACGAAAUGUGUGUGAGAUAUGCUGUACUAGUAGAAGAGAGCCAUGGUGUUGAAAGUUGUGUAAUCACAUUGCAUAAUCUCCUGCAUUUUAAGGAUGAUAUUGCUCGUUUCAGCUCAAUGGAUAACUACUCAUGCUGGACUGAGGAAAGGGCCGUUAGGAGGUACAUUCUUGCCUCUAACAACCACAAGAACAUUGAAAUUACUUUUGCUUUGAGUGAGGCAAGGCGAGAAUUUCUAAAACUGAGGGAAUCAAAACAACAUGUUGAAAAUCAUCUAAAUGUUCAUCAAGCUGACAUUUCCAAGGUAACUACCAUUAUUAACAUUACUGAAUGUUGGCGACUACUGUCAUAGAUACCACCCUUGCAGAUCAAUCGUACUUGCACAUUUUGGUCAAAAGCCAUUUUUAAAAUAUUUACAUUUUCACAGACAAAACACCCCACAUGUGCAAGAUUUCCUUACAUUGUAAAGUGCAACUACUGUUGCCAUGGCCAUCUAGUCAAUGAAAACCAAUCACAAUAAUAUUGAGAAGCCAAAAAUUGUAAAUUUAAAGCUAAUUCCACCUUCUUUAUUGUACAUGCUUGGUUUUCCACAUUCUUUUGGGGAAAUGUACAUGUACUUGUACACAAAAUUUAACAUUGAUGUCAACAUUUUUACACACUUUUUUCUUUUCUUUUCUUUUGUUCUUUUUUUUUUGUUUGUUUAGCCUUCAGUACGGUCAUUGCCGUUUGCAAAGAGACUUUUAGAGAGUUCCAAGGGCACAGUAAAUUAUGACCGAUUGUCAGUCGGCAUUCUUGUUGGUGGUGUUAAAAGUAUGGAGCUAUCUAAUAGUGACUGCCAGACUAUUAGCAUUGCAAGAGGUGUUCCAGUUGAUGAUGUUUCAGUUAUUGGAUGGUGUUCCAGAAGUCUGUGGAAACCAGAACACUCUUUUGAGGGCUUGCGCUACAGAGUUGGUGAACAUGUGAUUUUUGCUGACCCAGACGGGGGAGACACUGUUGCUGUACUGGAGAGUUUGUUUUCUGUCAGAAUUGACAAUGGGUCUGUUCUCUUCUGCAAAGGGAAACAUUUUAAAUAUCAUGGAGAAGCAGACACUGGCCACAAGCAAGUCUGCCCAACAGAUAACACAGUCAUAUUUGAAGCUUCACUUCUCAGCAGAAAGGUAAUGCUGUUUGCAAGGAAUGACAGUGAGCAGGAGGACGAUUUGGGGGAUGGUCAGUGCUUUAUUCUUGUGGACUACAUGCGCCGGGUGUUUCCUGUUAAUGAAGGGACAGUUGCUGUUCCUUACUAUCCUGUAGUCCAUGACAUGGUAGAAGUCAAAGGAAAUGACAGGCAAGUCUGGAAAGCUUAUGUACAGUCAUUCAACCUAACCCGUUCAACUGUUAAUGCUAAAUUUUUUGUAGAGGAUGGUACACAACCUGGUAAAUGGGUACCUGAAAGAAGCCCAGUGCAGGUCAUUCACUUCAACAGUAUCCUUGGAAUUUCAAAAGGUUACUGGCAAGCAGCAUAUUCUUGUUGGAUUGAUGAAGAGGAGUAA